AGACCCGCGCUGGGUAGAAAAUGGCGGCGGAAGAGAUCCGGGCACCGCCUGCGCCGCCCUUAUAUAGCGGCGACGGCAGCCAAUCAGCGCCGCCCGGGGAAUGCUGCAGCGCCCCCCUGCGGCGGCGCCUCCCGCGCUCUCCGCUGGCCGCCGCCAUGGGCGUGCUGCCGGUGCCGGCGGGGGUGCGCGCCAUCCUGCUGGACGUGGAGGGCACCACCACCCCCAUCGCCUUCGUGCAGGAGACCCUGUUCCCCUACAUCAGAGACAACGUGGAGCAGUACCUGCGUGCGCACUGGGAGGAGGAGGAGUGCCAGCGGGACGUGGGGCUCCUGAGGCAGCAGGCCCAGGAGGACUCGGGCCUGGACGGAGCAGUGCCGAUCCCGUUGGAAAGCGGCAGUGGGGAUGAGGAGCUGGAGCGUGUCAUCCGGGCAGUAGUGGACAACGUGCACUGGCAGAUGGCUCUGGACAGGAAGACCACGGCGCUGAAGCAGCUGCAGGGACACAUGUGGAGAGCGGCCUAUGCCACGGGGCUGGUGAAGGGAGAAGUCUUUGAGGACGUGGUUCCAGCCAUCCGGAAGUGGAGGGAAGCUGGGAUGAAGGUCUACAUCUAUUCUUCAGGGAGUGUUGAAGCCCAGAAGCUUCUGUUUGGAUACUCUACAGAAGGUGAUAUCCUAGAGCUCUUCGAUGGCCACUUUGACACCAAAAUAGGUCCCAAGGUAGAAAGCGAGAGCUACCGAAGGAUUGCUGCAAGUAUAGGAUGUGACACUAACAACAUUCUCUUCCUGACUGAUGUCCCUCGAGAAGCAAACGCAGCCGAAGAAGCGGACACUCACGUGGCUGUGGUCAUCAGACCUGGCAACGCAGGACUGACAGAUGAUGAAAAAUCGUACUACAGCCUCAUCUCAUCUUUCACUGAACUUUUCCUGCCUUCCUCCACUUAAGGAAAGUGGUGCACGCACAGAAGGCUGUGCUUCACCUGAGUUGUCCUUGUGUAACUUCAAGUAAUUUUGUCCAUGACCAGAGUCUAAAACCAAACCCACGUCAUGUAUUGGACCCACAACUAAUGCAGGUAUGGAUGGAGAGUAUGGUGUGGGGUUCCCGAUGCAGUACAUUAGGGCUGCCACAGACAGCUAGUCCUUGCUGCAGGCAAGCUGUAUAUACAGAGAAUGACUUAAAUCUUGGCUACACCUACAGCAGGUCCUAGGUACAAAACAAUAUGACUUGUGUGCUGACACUGCUUAGAGUGACACUGUCAGCCCACCAGAACAAAGUAGAGUAUACGGUAAGAAUUAAGUUCUUUAAAAAUUAAAUUCUGGACCCACCUCAUGCUGCUGCCACGUGAUGUGGGUCUGUGGGAUCCAACAGGCUGACACCACAGCCAGCUUGGCUGCAUUUCUGCCCAAACUAUCGUAGCUCCUCAGCAGCCGCUGUUGCUGCUCAGUUGUGAGCAGACCUUGCCAAACAUCCUUCUGCAUUGAAUGAGAGUUAAACCAGAGAUCUUUUCACCCAUCUUACUUUAAUCAUGCCAAUUUAUAGCAACGGUCAUGGAGCCUUUCCUUCUAUAGUCAAUAAAGCCACAGCUUUGUUUACAUUGUGUUCACUGUAUUCCAGUAUUUAGCUUUGCUGCCUGUCAUCAGUGAUCCCAGCACCUAAAGGACAAAUCUAUUUAAAAAUACAAACAAAAAACCCACUGUUUUUAUCCCUGCUUUUGCCCUCCUUGGUCCAUUCUUUAGGACAGACAAGUCUGUCUUGCUGAGGAAGCAGCAUCAUGUCCCUGUCUGUCUCAUGAUUUGACGAGGGACUGGUGGAAGUUAGGAGGUUGAACCAAGCAAUAGCAGUGGUGGUCUGACACACUGUUGCUGGUACUCAGCUCAAGAGUAUCACCCGCUACUUACUAAUUGCUGUGCAGCUCUGCUUGAACUUGCCCUCACAGCUCUGAUGAUGACAGGGCCACAACAGAUCGCCAGCACACACGCUGCCUUCCUGAGCUCUGGUGCACAUCUUCAGCUCUCCCCGUUGAAGUAGCUGCAUAAAGAACAAGCACCUGAGGAGGGAAACACGUCACGCCAGCACUGCCCUUCUAAAACUUGAUGGCAGCUGUGAGGCAGCUAAUGUGAAUGCCUUUCCAGGCUGUGUAGAGCAUGAUCCACCUUCGAGAAAGAGCCUGCUGAUUAGCACUGCUACAGUCUGUACCUGCAUGGCUGAAUGAUCCCCAGCUUCAUUAAGUGUUAAUUUGUAUCAUGACAGUGUAAAUAUCUUCUGUUCUGCCUUUGCCCUCAUAAAGCUGUGCAUGGGAUGGGGACAAAAAUAAAACUCACUUUCUCCAUAAAA